AUGUACGGAGGCUCAUCAAAGCCCGGCCGAGUUGGCGGCGGCGGCUCUGGCCGAGGAGCCGGAGCGGCCAAGCUUGGCCGAGCCUCCUUCCCUCCACCGCACCGCUCCUCCGCCCAAACCAGCCGCCUCUCCCUCGGUGGCGGUGGCUCCAACCCCAGAAGCCGCAACUCAGGCCCCGCCACGUCAGCAGCUGCCUCUGCGCCUGCCGUUGAAGAGCAGUUCAGUUUAGUCGCCGGCCAUAACCCACUUGCUUUCUCUAUGAUCAUUCGUAUGGCGCCCGACUUGGCCGAAGAGAUCAAACGCGUCGAGGCCCAAGGUGGGGCCCCCCGCAUCAAAUUUGGUUCUCUGCCCAAUAAUCCCAUUGGCAAUGUUAUUGAUCUGGAUGGGAAGGAGUUUACGUUUACAUGGUCGCGGGAAUUUGGUGACCUCUGUGACAUUUAUGAAGAGCGUGAAAGUGGUGAAAGUGGAAAUGGAUUGCUAGUUGAAUCAGGAUGUGCAUGGCGCAAAGUAAAUGUGCAGCGUAUCUUAGAUGAGUCAACUAAGAACCAUGUUAAAAUGCGGUCAGAGGAAGCUGAGCGCAAGAAUAAAACCCGCAAAGCCAUUGUGUUAGAACAAAAUACAGCUAUGAAGAAUCAAUUAAAGCAAUAUGCUGCUGGAACUGCUAAUCAUCAGUGGAGGAAUUUCAAACAAAAGAAAGAGCCUCCAUUUAAAAAGCAGAAAGUUGAACUGCCUCAAGGAUUUUCAGCUCCCCCUAAAUCAGCAUAUAAAUCUGGAAUGUCAGCAACAACUACUGUGAAGGGCAGGUACUCAUCAUCACCUCUUCCAUCUCCACCUGAGCAAUCCCGUGCUCCAUCAUCUCCAUUAAGAACUGGAAAUAUUUCAAAGAGUCAUGCAAGUGCAGAAGAUAUUGUACCCUUUCAGGUGACUAGUAAAGACAAACCUGCUCCGAGCUCUGAUAAAGAAAUUCCAAUCAGGGGUACUACUACAGCACGGAAAACAGUGGGCAAAGGCAAUAAUGGAGCUAAUCCUACAGAUUUGCAGAAUAUGUUGAUUUCUUUGCUCAUGGAGAAUCCUAAGGGGAUGAACAUAAAGGAUUUGGAGAAAGCUAUUGGAGAUUCGUAUCCCAACUCUGUAAAGAGAAUUGAUCCCAUUCUUAAGAAGAUUGCUAAUUACCGAGCUCCAGGGAGAUAUCUCUUGAAACCAGGAGUGGAGUUAGAAUCCUCCAAGAAACCUUUGUCUGAAAGUGGAAGUUCCCCAGAGGAUAAACUUCGCCAGACGCCGGCUCAUAAUGAGAACCGUGAUCAAACGCCUGUUCGAGCAUCACACUUUGAAGAGAAAGUUACUCCUAAUGAGUUGGAAGAACGGGUUCAGGGACAGUUGAAUGCUACAAUUGGAGAAGAACCAAAUGCAUUGAUAAAAAUUGAUAACCAAAAGCAUUCACCUGAUUUGUUUGGUGAUAAAAGGGGGUCCGAAAAUACUGAGGCUCAAGUGGGCAGUUCCAGUGAUACCGGAAGUGACAGUGACAGUGAUAGUGACAGCAGUGAUACCGGAAGUGACAGUGGAAGUCCUAGCAGUAGCAGAAGCAGAAGCAAAAGUAAAAGCCCAGGGGGAAGCGGGAGUGUAAGUAGUAGUGAUAGUGAAAGCGAUGCAUCUUCUAAUAGCAAGGAGGGUUCUGAUGAGGAUGUGGAUAUUAUGACAAGUGAAGAUGAUAAAGAACCAAAGCAUGAAUUGCAAGGCUCCGAACCAGGGUUCUCUACUUUGCCCGUCCCAUGGAAAACUCCUGAUGGCAGGCCUGUGCAGAGUGGGUAUGAUGAGAAGCAAGAUGAUCUUGAAUUUGACGCAGUUGAGACUGAAAGACACUUGCCUGAUGUGGAAAAGAAUACUGAAUUUGCUGUAGUUGGUAACUCUAAUCGUAAUAAAGGUGAACAGCCUCCGGAAGAAACAAAACCCUGUUCACCUGAGCAUGGGGAGCUCCAAGACCACCAAAGUUUGGUAGACCCUUUGUUUGGAGGGGACACUACUGUCAAGGAUGACUUCAGGUAUGAGCAGUCUGACAGCUCUGAGAGGAUAUCUAAAGUUAAAUCCAAAAGCAGUUCUGAGGUAAAGCACUCUGAUGAGAAAUCGGAACGCAAAAAAAGGUCAAAAACAGAAAUCUCACAGCAACCUCCUGUUUCUGUGGGUAAAGGUGUCCAUUUUCCAGAAGCUUCUCACAAUCUGUCUCCUGAUAGACUCAUUGAAGGCUCUCAUAAAGACCCUGUCUCUCAAGCGAUGAAUAGAGCUGAUAGGGGUGGGAAUACUGAAUCUGGCUCUCUAAAGGCAUGCCACCAAUCAUCUUCUGGGAGACAUAGUUCCGAGUUUAAACAAUCAAGUCGGAAGUCCUUUGAUCAUAAUCCACAGGCAAAGGUUCCUGAUCCAGCAGAAAGACAUGAUAGAUAUGCUGAGAGUUUAGGGCAUGGCCGAAUGUAUUCUGAGAGGAGCUCUCAUGUGCAUGAAGGUUUACCCCUACAAAAAGAUAAAUUUCAUAGAGAUAAUCAAAAUGACGAUGAUUAUGCGAAUGAGAAAAAGAUUCCAAGAAAUUCCAAGGAAGGUGGUAUCCGAGCCAAACAAUCAGUUCCUUUGGACUCCCACUACCAGAAACAUGGUGAUAUGGCUGCAAAGUUCAAGGGGAGUGGACAGGUUUCCAGCCUGUUCUUGGGUUCUUCGCCAAAGGAUAACAGCAGAAAUGGUGCAGAUGGACCUCCUGUUGUUAAUGGUAGAGGCAGUAAACUCCAAAGAGAGUUUUCAGACUUGGAGUUGGGUGAACUUCGUGAACCCUUGCCUGAGGAAACAACAGUUAAGAAGCAGUUUGAAAGAAAAAGUUCAUUUAAGCAGUCAGACAACAAAACGAGCACUUCAGAAAACUGGGUUUCUGAUUUUAGUAAAGUGAAACCUGCAGGAAAGGCAAAUUUUGAUUCGGGAAGGUCACUCUCACCAGAUUUAAACUCAAAGUUUCCUAGUAAUCAGGAAGGCUCAAAUAAAAAGAGGAACUAUGAAGAUCGCAUUGAGGAUUUAACAAGGUCUCAACCGAGAGCUGUGCAAUCCCAGUCGCAACACCCUUCACGAGUAGAUCAACCUGAUGUGGGGCGCCCAUUUAGUAAAUCAGUAGAUCUUAGUAGUAAAUCUAGGCAGAAUGAAGCUGGAGGUAGACAAGUGAUUGGUGUGGAUGGACAUGGAGAAAGCAAUAAAAAAGCAACCCCAAAUGCUGCUCAACAGCAUGACUCUAAACGAGGUCUAGUUUCCCACGCCAUAAAAGAAAGUAAAAGACAGGCAUCCAAUAUGAUGGUGGAUUCGGCUGAUGUACGAAAGGAUUCAAUGCCGGCAGAAGGCAAUGACAGUGAUAGAAGAAAAAGGGAUUCUUCUUCAGAUGAGAAUAGUUGUUCUUAUUCUAAGUAUGAGAAGACUGAGCCUGAGCUGAAGGGACCAAUAAAAGAUUUCUCUCAGUACAAAGAAUACGUGAAAGAAUAUCGUGAUAAGUAUGAUAGCUAUUGCUCGUUGAACAAGAUCCUAGAGAGUUACAGGAAUGAGUUCCAGAAGCUAGGGAAAGACCUUGACUAUGCUACAGGCACAGAUAGACAUUAUAACAUCCUGGGGCAGCUGAAGGAAUCCUAUCGUCAGUGUGGAACGAUGUAUCAGUGA